AUGUCCCCAAGUGUUCCCGAGUCUCGCUGCGAUGUGAUCGUGCGGCCGCCGCUGUGUCCGGACCCCCGCCUCCAGGUCAGGAUGGACCUGAGGAGAGCACAAUAUGACCACGACAUGAACACUCUGUACGGGGAAUUCACGGCCACAGGUAACCGAAAAGUCAGGUGCGUCGUGAGCCUGACUGACAAGGAGCUUGUCGUCCAGCGGCUCACCUCGGUACCGGCGGGCCGGAACCGAGUGGUCCUCAGCCUGAAGGACUGUGUCGGCUGCCGGGCGUACCGGGAAGAUGACAACGCGGACCCGGGCGCCUGUCUGGCGGUCUAUUUUUACCCGCUUAAGCGGCGAUGGAUGGGCUCCGGGCUCUCGCGGCAGAGAGUGGAGCAGUGCUUCCGUCUCGCUGCGCUCCAAGAUCCGCGUGCCAAUCUCGAAGAAGCGGAGAAGUGGGCUCGCGCCGUCCGGGAGCGCUCGAACCGGUGGCAGCACCUUCGAGAUGGGGUACUGCUUAAUGAACCGUCGCAUCCGUGCCGGAUGAUGCUGCUGGUGAAUCCACAGAGUGGGAAAGGACAGGCGCUCGCACUCUACAAAAACCACGUCCAGCGGAUGCUCAAUGAGGCUGGCGUCUUCCACACAGUGGUCAUCACCGAACGUCAGAAUCAUGCCCGCGAGCUAGUGAGGGAGGCUGACCUGUCCCAGUGGGACGCUCUUGUCAUCAUGUCAGGAGACGGUCUUCUGUUUGAGGUGAUAAACGGUCUCCUGGACAGAUCAGACUGGGAGGAGGCAAUACGCACCCCACUUGGUAUCCUCCCUGGCGGCUCAGGCAACGCCUUGGCUGCAUCCAUACAUCACUAUGCAGGUGCUUCAUUGGUGUCCAGUGAAGAGCUCCUGAUCAGCUGCGGCUUCCUAUUGUGUAAAGGUGUGGUGUCCCGCAUGGAUUUGGUCUCAGUCCACCUCUUCUCCGGGACCCGUCUCUUCUCCUUCCUCUCGCUGGCGUGGGGCUUUGUGGCUGACGUGGAUGUUGAGAGCGAGAAGUACCGCCACGUCGGGGCGGCUCGCUUCACCCUGGGCACCCUGGUGAGGUUGGCCUCCCUUCGCGUUUACAAGGGCAAGUUGGCCUACCUACCUGUGGCGGAAGACCGCAACCUGGUGGGAUCCAGACUGAGCAACCAUCACAGUGCCCCCUUGCAUCUCUCCAGAGACUUUCCCGCGUGGAACUCUUUACACAACUCCUGUCACUCCAACAACUCGCUCAAGGCGAGAUUUGAGCAUUCACAGAGCUCCAGCAGCACUCAGACGGGAUUGUGGGAUUCGGUACUCCCCCGGCUGGAUGAGCCUCUCCCCGGGAGCUGGAUGGUGGUACCCGAAGAAGACUUUGUACUGGUACUGGCCAUGUACCAAUCCCACCUGGCCGAGGACCUGCUGGCCGCACCAGAUGCCACUUUGGACGAUGGCGUCAUUCAUCUGUUUUACGUCAAAGCUGGAAUAUCCCGUGCCGCGCUGCUCAGACUCUUCCUGGCCAUGGAGAAGGGCGCACAUGUAGCCUCCAGCUGUGCUCAUCUGGUGCACACCAAGGUGCGGGCCCUCAGGAUGGAGCCGUAUUCUCCCAAAGGGAUUAUAACGGUGGAUGGAGAAGUGGUGGAAUAUGGGCCGGUGCAAGCAGAAGUGCACCGGGGCCUCGCAAGACUCAUCAGUUGAUGCCCACUUGAAACACACACAAAGACACACAAACACCCAGACACACACACACACACACACAUCAUAUUAAGACAUAUUUUAAUCCAACUUCCAUCAUGCUACUGUCACAUUACAAAAUAUUUAAAUCUGGUUAAGCAGGGUUAUUCUUUUCUCUUUCUCAAUUGAGAUGCACAUAUCAUGCUUGACAGCUGGAUUGCAUAAUGCUUUUCUGUCAUUACCCUGCCAAUAGAGACUAAUAAGGGAAUGAUGGCAUCAAAAUCACACGUAAACAAUCUUCACCAAGUUGUCCUUAAUAAUGCGCUAAUGAUUGUAACAUGGACUGUUAAUUGUG